CCAAAGUUUGAAAACGUCACUGGAUUUUGGUUAAAAACCUGUAAGCCAACAGUUGUACAUUUUAAAAAGGAACCUCAGGUAAAUCGUUAUUUAGAAUAUAGAUACAAUGGAAAGUGCGGCUGCUUCAAUUUUAAAACGAGCGGUUGAGAUGGACAACAAUAAACAAUAUACAAUGGCUUUAGUAUUGUAUCAAGAAGGUGUACAAAUACUUCUUGAUUCUAUGAAAGAGACAAAGAGUUCAGCUAAGCAGAAACAUUUUGCUACCAAGGCAUCAGAAUAUUUAGACAGAGCAGAGAAAAUAAAGAAAUUAAUUGAAAGCGAGAAGGCAGCUGGGACUUACAGGGAAUUAAUCAAAAUUGAAAGUGGUAAUACAGGAUAUGGUUAUGCAACUGUUUUUGGUAGAUUUUUAGACGCAACAGUUACAUACAUUAAUAUUGAAGACCCAUAUAUAAGAGCAUUUCAUCAGUGUCAGAAUUUGGUGAGACUGUGCGAAUUGGCUGUAAGAAAAUGUCAUGCGUUAUCUAAAAUAUCAUUAGUUACAACUCUAGAUGCAGAUGACAAAAAGAAUCAAAUAGCAAGAUUAGAAGAAUUGAAAAAAAGUUUAACAUCCCAUCUUAUUUCUUUUGAAUUUAAAUUUUCGGAUACUUUACAUGAUAGACAAAUAUUAUUAAGUAAUGGCUGGAUAAUUAAAAUAGGUCGUGGCCUGGAUUAUUUUAAAGCACCCGAUGGAAAAUUUGUACUAGGUGCUUGUGAUCUUGAAUUGAGACCAUGUUUAGAAACGAUCAUAGAUAUAUUUCAUACAGAACAUUUAAAAACUGAUAUUACAUAAUAGAUUAUAGGAAUAAGAAUAAGUAAGAACCAAUUUUUUCAUAUGUUCGUUUAUUAUACAUAUAUUAAUUCAAAUACAUGUAGUUGGGAGGACAGUAUUAAGGUUCUAUUUACAUUUUUAUCGUACAAAUACGGAGCAUCUAUACAGCUUCAGAGAAUAUAAUUUUACCAAUA